GUUUUAAAGGGGCGGAAAGUAAAUCAGCAGCUGGACGACGACGACGACGACGACCAUCUCCUGCUACUGAUUGGUCCCGUAUCCAGCAGCCGGCUUCGACCACUUUGCAUUGGCCGCAGACGAAGGUCGGUUAGUGUCGUUGGUGGAUGUAAGCUUGUGACAACAGGACGAGAAAUCUCCUCGGUCGUGGCUAGUUGGCGUGGCACAACGCUGCUUCAUCCAGAACAGAUAGACACGCUCUAGCCAUCUUGUCUGGUGUCUGGGAGUGGAGAGGAGAAGAACGUUUAUUUUGCGGAGCGUUUUUCCACCUUUUCGGUUUCAAUCACGCAAGUUGCCAUCCGCUACACGAGGGGCACCGUAGGCGAACGUGUGACCCAUUCCGUCAACGGUUGCUUGACAUCAAGAAGUCUUUUUCAAGGAGAUGAGUGCUUCUGAAAAUGCUGUAAAGCUUGAGGCUGUAGGAUCCCCUUCUGGGCCUGGGGCGCAGCCCGACGUAAACGAUGGGCGAUACACGUCCGAUCACCCAGCACAACAGCCCACAGUAUCGGUUUCGCCACUCCCUCCCACACCCGCACUGGGCGAGUCUUCCCCACACCCUCCACAACAGCCGUCUUCGGUGCCAUCGCCACCAGAAAGCGGUCAGCGACUUCCUCCAUUACAAGCCUCCGAGUAUCAGGUCCAGCAACAUAGCUGGCAUCCUUCUUUUGAUGGCACGGUACAUUCCCCAUCUACGCACCCUCCGCCGACCUUUCAAGCUGCCGUGCAGGCGGCUGUCCAACAUUUGCAGCAACAUCAACAGCAUCCGCACGAGCCACAACAACACCAUUGGCAUUCUGGAUUCGCUGCACCUGGGACACCAGUGACCUCUGCGACUGGUCCCACACCGCCCCACUGGCAUGCAGUUUCAAAUCAACAUCCAACAUAUUCCCCACCCGAACGCCGCUCCUCAAGAUCGCCAAGUCCAGGGUCAUCUGAAGUUGUACCCCCGUCCAUUCCCUCUACUUCAACCCCACCACCGUCUACAGAACAGCAAGCAUCAUCUUCAUCAACUAACAUCGAAGGACAGCCAAUCAUAAGUAAUGCGACAGGUGGCAAUGUAGCGCGGUUUCCAAGCAAUAUGAAGCCUAAGCCGUCGACAACCAUGAAAGCAGUCCCAGAUCCGGAAGACCCAAAUUUUGCCAUCAUAACGGAAGUGAGAGAUGAGCGAACUGGAAAGACACGGAAGAUGUUUCGAUGCGCGUACCCUGGCUGUGCGAAAGUGUGUAACCGGCUGUACAAUCUGAAGUCUCAUGUACUUGUGCAUACAAACAACCGGCCGUUUCAGUGCGAUCAUUGCGCGAUGUCGUUCGCGCGCCGACAUGAUUUGCAGCGGCAUUUGCGAUCUACACAUCAGAAGCAGAAGGCGUUCGUAUGUGAUCGAUGCGGAUUGUCCUUUACACGAGCGGAUGCAUAUCGACGCCAUUUGAUCGUUGAAGAAAAGAAACGGACUGGAGUUCCAAUGACGGCCGAAGAGCUGCAGUUUGAGGCCGCUACCCAUGCGGCCGCGGCUGCAGCUGCAGCCGCAGCAGUGGUAGCAGGUGGGAAUGGCGUGGGAGCAGGAUCUACUCCGACUCCUCCUCCAGUAACUGGGCCGGCGAAUGUUCCUGUGUCUGCUCACUACGGAUCGGCAUCACCAUCGCCAAAUCAUCACAUGCAUCACUACACGGGAUCCCCCUCCGCGAAUGUUGCAGCGUCGAAUAUGGCGUAUCCUACCGCUUGCAGUAUACCGUACGUCGCGGUCCCCACUACUGUUGGUGUGCCAGCUACCGCUUUUAUUUCACAUGGACAUCCCCACACACUUGCACAUGGGCAUCCGGUGUAUGCAAUGCAGCAGACCGGAACCCAGGAACAUAGUCCUUCACCAGGGCCGCCACAGAAUGUACAGUCUUACAGUCCUCAGGUCAACGGAAGUGUUUCGCCAUCUGCUUCGUAGGUAGGACGCGGAUCGAGUUGAAGGAAGGUCCUAGUGUCGCUUAUUGUGGGUGUCUUUGGGGUACUUUUGCCAUGGAAUGGUGAAAGGUUGGCCGUGCCUUCUUUUGUGGAUUUAGUCUUUUUAUGAUAUCCCAUAUUGUGAAUUCGUUUGCGCUUGAUAUUUAGCAAUUUGUAAUUUGGGUUGAUUUUGGAUUAAGUUGGCCGAGCCAGUG